AUGGUUGAGUGCAAGGCGCUCCAACAGAAAUUCCAAGAUUUGUCGUCAUCUGUAGACACUCCACUUACGGAGGGGAGGGAAGCGAUGGCGGCCUUGGAGGAAGAAAUUGCGGUGUUCAAAGCGAGAGCGGCCGACCUCAAUAAUGCCGAAAAUUUGUUUUCACUUCCAGUAACUGCAUUUACUAUUUUGGAUAAGCUUGAGGGGGACGUCAAACAGCAAGGGCAGAUAUUUGCUCUAUUCGCUGAUCACGAUGCAAUGGUCAAGGAAUGGGCAUCUCAACUAUGGGCAAAGGUGGACUUCCAGGAGCUCCAAAAGGCAGCUGAAGAAUUUAGGAAAAGACUUAAACAACUGGAAAAGUCUGGAGGCCCUCAAAUCACUAGCUCCCCAGCCUUCAUGCAAGUAACGCAACUUAUUAACGGAUUCCGAAGCGAGCUUCCCCUUAUAGAGAGAUUGAAGAAUGAAGCCAUACGCCCACAGCACUGGAAGGAGCUGAUGGCAGCGGCCGGGCAAAGCUUCGACGCCGAAAACAAAAAUUUCCGGUUGCAGGAUGUCUUGGAUCUACAACUGGGUCGCGUACCAGAUGCUGUUAAUGAAAUUAUUCAGGCUGCAACGGAGGAAAUGAAGCUGGAGAAAGACAUUGCCAAAAUCGAGUCAUGUUGGCGACAACAAACCGUUGAGACUGCCAAAUAUAAGAAUGAUGCGACUCGCUACGUGCUGAAGUCCAACGACGAGCUCCGAAUGCUACUAGAUGACAAUCUUCUUCAGCUUCAGUCCAUGUUGGGAUCUAGAUUUGUCUCAACUGUACAAAGAAGAUGGAUGUACCUUGACGGGAUUUUCACCGAGUCUAUCGACAUUCGUCUGCAACUGCCUGAGGAGGCAAAGAAGUUCGAUGUUAUAAAUCGGCGGUUUUUAUCCAUUAUGAAACAGACAAACGAGAACCCAAAUGUUCUAUCUGCAUUUUGUCUUGAGAACCGUCUUGGGGAGAUGAAAAGCCUUGCAGCAGAGCUCGACAGCUGCCAGCGUUCCCUAUCUGACUAUCUGGAUGCCAAGAGAAUCAUGUAUCCGAGGUUCUACUUCAUAUCUGAUGACGAGCUGCUAUCAGUUCUUGGCUCUAGUGGUCAUGAGGCCGUCCAGCCUCUGAUGCUUAAGCUGUUUGACAACUGCAAGAAGCUUCAAAUCGAUGGCUCAGGACAGAAUAACAAAGGAGGGCCUGAGGAGUGGAUGACCACAGUUGACGAAGCCAUGAAAGUUUCUCUUCACAGAAUAACAAAGGAGGGCGUAUUCAUGUACGGCUGCGUGCCAAGGACGCAAUGGAUCACCGAACAGCUUGGCAUGGUGGCGUGUGUGGGAUCUCGUAUUUGGUGGACUUGGCGAGUUGAGGACGCAUUUGAGAGGAUGGAACAAGGGGACAAAAAUGCGCUUCGUGAUGAAGUGGCAGUCCAGCGCCAGCAGGUCCACACGUUGAUCGAGGUGGUGCGGAAGCCACUAGAAUACCGCGCUAGAAAAAAAGUGAACACCCUUAUUAUAUUGGACGUGCAUGCACGUGACCUUGUCGAGAGAUUCGUCCAGAAUGCGGUGUUCAGCGCCAACAGCUUUGAAUGGGAGAGUCAAUUGCGCUUCUACUGGGACAAAGCGAUAGACGACAUUGAAAUACGGCAAUGCACUGGGCAAUUCAGAUAUGGAUACGAGUACCAAGGUCUUAAUGGCCACCUGGUCAUCACUCCUCUAACGGAUAGAUGCAUUAUGACUCUCACAACGGCCCUCACAUUCUGUUUGGGGGGCGCACCGGCUGGACCAGCUGGAACUGGCAAAACAGAGACCGUAAAGGACUUGGCCAAGUCCUUAGCAAUUCGCUGCGUUGUCCAAAACUGUGGUGAAGGGCUAGACUACAAGGCAAUGGGGACGAUCUUCUCAGGGCUUGUGCAAACUGGCUUCUGGGGUUGCUUCGAUGAGUUCAACCGCAUCAAUCCAGAGGUGCUUUCUGUGGUAUCCGCUCAAAUCAAGGCGAUACAGACGAGCCUACAAAAUGGCAAAGGUUCCGUAGAACUACUGGGCAAGAGCCUGAAGUUUGUCCCCACAGUGGGAAUUUUCGUAACAAUGAAUCCCGGCUAUGCUGGAAGGUCUGAGCUCCCCGACAACCUUAAAGCUUUGUUCCGCCCUGCAACCAUGACAGUGCCAGAUAUGGCCAUGAUAUGCGAGAUAAUGCUGAUAUCGGAAGGGUUUCAAGAGGCGCGAAUACUGGCCAGGAAAAUGACGGUUCUCUAUAAGUUGGCUUCUGCCCAAUUAUCGAAACAGUACUUCUACGACUUCCAACUAAGAGCACUCAAGGCCGUUCUCGUCAUUGCUGGAUCGAUGAAGCGCACUGCACCGGACACUCCGGAUGAUUUACUUCUGAUGAGGGCCCUCCGUGACAUGAAUAUACCGAAGCUUGUGAAACCAGAUGUGCCCUUAUUCCUCGGGCUGUUGAGCGAUUUGUUCCCUAAUGUGACGUGCGACAGGGUGGCACUUCCUAAGCUGAAAGAUGCCGUUGAACAGGAACUAGAGAGCAAAGGAUUGAAGUGCCGAUCUAAACGGGAGUUCGACAAUCAAGUCGACAAAGUCAUACAACUCUACGAGACAAUGGAGACCAGGCACUCUACAAUGGUUGUCGGAACAACGGGUGGUGGAAAAACAGUUAUAAUCGACACCCUCGCAGCUGCUCACAAAGCGGCAUUUGAUGAAAUCGUAAAGGUGUUUCCCAUCAACCCCAAAGCUCAAGGAACAGAUGAGCUCUACGGCGUGCUUGACCCUGUCUCACGCGACUGGACGGACGGCCUCCUCUCCAAGAUUUUCCGAGAUGCAAAUCAACCUCUACCCCCUGGGCGCAAGGAGAAGCGCUUCAUUUUGUUUGACGGAGACGUGGACGCAGUCUGGGUCGAGAGUAUGAACUCCGUUAUGGAUGACAAUAAACUUCUCACCUUGUCGAAUGGCGAACGUAUUCGCCUGGAAAAACAUUGCGCACUGCUUUUUGAGGUAUCGGACUUAAGAUAUGCCUCUCCAGCAACGGUUUCGCGUUGUGGAAUGGUUUACGUGGACCAGAGGGACCUCGGCAGCUCACCCUAUUACGAUGCUUGGGCAAGAAGCAAGUCAAGUGAGCAGCUAUUGGAGGUUUUGGACUACUUGUGGGAAAAGUAUGUCCCACAGUGCCUGGCUUUUAUUCUGAACGAAAAGGGGAGAGACGACGAGGCUCCUUUGCCUGCUAAGUGCAUACAUCGAACGGAUGUCAGCAUGGUUGCGCAGCUCUGCAAAGUCAUGGACAUUAUGGUGCCAGACGCUCUUUACGCAGAGCCAAACCCAGAAAAGCUAGAAAACGCGUUCCUCUUCGCCUUGGUCUGGUCGCUCGGAGCGACUCUGAAGGGAGAGGAGCAACCGCGACUGGAUGUACUUUUGAAGACUCUCUCAGGCAAAGCGUCUAUAAGCCAAAGUCUAUUUGAUAGCUUUUAUGACCUGCAGGCAAACUCUUGGCUUUCGUGGGAGUCUAAGGUUCCCCAGUACAGUCCAGAAGCGGGUAUAUCUUUUACGAACAUUUUUGUCCCGACUACUGACACAGUCCGGGCAAUGUGGCUUUUGCAAGGCUUUGCUUCAAAAGCGCUUCCCACCCUUUUUAUUGGAGAGUCAGGUACUGCUAAAUCUAUGAUGACGAAGGGUUGGCUGAAUACCCUUGACAACGAGGAAUUCCUGCAACUGCAAAUGAACUUCAGUAAGGAUUACGCAAACCUCAAUGAGCGCGACUGA